UUGGGGUUACUAUGGAGAUUGUCAUGGUGGAGUGUUGAGUUUGAAGGAAGAUUACACAGUUUAUUGAAACACUGUAUAAUGUUCCCAAGUUAACAUGAUAGACCACGCAGCAAAAUUAUUCAAAGUUGGGUGGAUAAUUCUGGAGACAUUUUAGUUGCAGUUACUUGGAUCACGCAGCUAAAUGUGGUAGGCGACUGAAAAAAAAAAUGUCUCUGAUUGAAGUGCCAAGUCCAAAGGCCCCAGUAGUGCCAAAAGUGGAGGUCUUAGAGCUGAAACGUAGCCACUCUCAUCUUGAAGCAAACAAACACACAGACCUUUCUGAAAUGAAGAACAAACCUGGCAAAACUGAGAAUAGCGAGCUUCUCACUUCUUUAAAAAAUAAUUAUAUACCGGAAGAAAUUUUUCUUACUCUCAGUGCUACUGCAUCAGAGACUGUACUUCGCUCUAACCAUCUGCAGCCAUUGGAGAAAAUCAAAACUUCCAAGGAACACCAGGGCCAUGGAUUACGAACUGUGGAUCAUGUGUGGCAUCACCCAGCUCGCAGAACAAAGUUCAAGCACCUGACAGAUCAGCCUGUUUCCUUGACUAGAGCUGGAAGGGAUAUAUCGUUCCUGUGUGAUGCCAUGCUUACCAAGGAGUUGUCAAAGGUGGAGCGUUCAGUUUGUUCAAAAUCUGAUAAGAGUGCAGUGCAAAGAGAAGAUAGUGACGGAGACAAACAAAAAACAGAACUGAACCUGCCAACAAGCGUUGUCCCUGAAGAAUUCUAUAUUGUUAAGAAUAAAGGAGUGCUAGGUCUGGAAUACUAUGAUGAUAAAUACACCACUUUGUUAGAAGAUGAUGAGAAGAAACUCCGCGUCUUCCCUUCAAUGAAACCAAGUGGGAGAUUUGAGGUCAUCCAGUUGAUGAAAGUUAUGGAAACUAUGCUUCAAAAGGCCGGUGUUGAUGAAGAAAUUGAAGGACCAACCCAGAUGCACAGCCUGCUUGACCUGGUGAAGAAAGAACAAAACAUAUAUAACAUUAUUUUCCAUGAGGUGAUUCGGCAGGUUAGUGUGGAAUGUGCAGAGAGAGGAGAGCUGCUUGCAAAACUCAGAGAGAGGUAUGUGAACCUAUUAGAUCGAAUACCUAAACAAGUAAAGAGUUUGCAGACUGAAGUCCUGGCCCACCAAGUGAUGGACCGUCAUCUGAAAGAAGAACUUCAACACUUUCAAAAUUCUAUUGCAGAACUCAGCAGAGAACUCUUUCAACUUCGGGAGCGAGACAUGAAACUGACAAUGGAGGUAAAGAAGGCUCAGAAUGAACUGACCCAGGCACUAAUACAAGCAAAGAAGGACGCAAACCUGUUAGAUGAAUAUCAUGGACUGUAUCAGCUGCAGAGGCACCGACUAGAGGAACAAGUGAAGCAUUUAUCUAAACAGAACGACUUAUGGAGCUCAGCUGCACUUAAGCUUGCAAAUAAGGUGAUAGAAAUGAAUAAUCUACAUUUGGCAAAGAAACUUUAUGUCACUGAGAGUUCAUGGAUGCAGCUUGUAGCUCACUUCAGCACCCUCCUUGCAUCUCAGAAUGUGUCUGACAUGGCAGCAGUACAGGCUGUCUCUGAGCAGUGGAAGGAAAUGAUGACAAAAUUCUGUCAAGACGUAGAACAAGGUGAAGCGUCCUGUAGGGAGAAACUCAAAGUCAUCAAAGAAAAGCUCUGCAAAUGGCAGCAGUACUAUGGAGAGCAUGUCUUGCCUAAUGAAGAACAUAGUUUCAGUAAUGGUGACGAUCUUCAACCUUUCUUAGAUGAUGUCAAACACUGGGAGGCGACGCUGAUGAGAGAUUUUGAAAGCUUUGGUGGGGAAACAUUGCUAGCUCGUCAAGAAACUAUGAAGAAACUUUCUGGUUUGCAAAAUCAGUGGACAGAACUGGGCAGCAUUGUUUUUCUUCGAAGUCUUGAUUCAUAUGAGAACAUUCCUGAGCAGAAGCAGCUAGAAGAUCUGAAUGAAACUGUGAAGGGGCUAUGUCAGCAGUGGUUAACUAGAGCAUCUGGUGAAAACGGGCUUUCAAGAUGUCUUAUGGCUUUUGCAAAUGCUUUGGAACACUGGGCAGUUCUUCUGGGCAGUUUUGUGAGAAGACCUGGGAACUUAAAGGAAACAGAUCAAAAGAAAAUGUAUCAAGAAGUGAUCGAUUGUCUGUUGUUAGCAGAUGAGGCUUUGCAGGUGAUCGGAUCGGAUCAAAGGGAAGUGGAUAAACUGAACAACAAACCACAUGUGAGUCAUGAUGUACAGCAUGUGCUGAAAUCUGUCCAGGACUGGAUAACAGCUGCAAACCUUGAGACCGAGAAAGAAGGUGCCAGGAUUGCUCAAGAGGUAACCCAUCUUCAUACUAUGAUGCUUCACUUGCUGGUAAAUCUGUUGUUAAAUCUGGUGCCAGACCUUCCCCCUAUAAACUUACCAGAGGCUCCAGAAUAUCAUAGUGCAUCUGCAGAGGAAGCCAUACUAAUUCUGGAAGAAGAAGCUAAACAGCUGGAAUUGAGACUAGAUGAGUUUUCUUCAUACAUAAUCAGAAGUUGCAGUGACACUGUUAAUGGGAUUGUGAAGGAACGGAAAGCAAAGCAUGAGGAUGAUCCAGAAUAUGAAAUGAGGGAGCUAGAGAAAAUUAAGGAAGAGUGUACUACUUGGAUACAGACAUGUCAAUUCAUCCUUUCUGACCUUAAAAAGGGCCCUGUUCAGUCACUACCCUUGGAAAGUAGAACACAGAAUCACGGUGAUUCAUCAGAAGACUCUUCUCUACCUGAGAAGGAAAUUAUAGCAAUGCAUGAUGAAAACCAAAAUUCAACACAGCAAACACUGGAACCAGGAAAUGGUCCACCUGAAUUUGUAAACUUGGACGAACUUCUACAGAAUGAAGCCACUGAGGAAACAAAGCAUGAAAGUGCAACUGUUGCCGUAGCUGAAGACUGCACUGAAUCUGAUGAUUUUAGUGUGAGAGUCAUAGGUCAUGAUGAAAAUAUCCAGAAGAUGUCCUUGAAGGGUGAGGUUGUUUCAAUAGGAAACGGUGAAAUAUUUGUCACCAGGCCUAUAACAGCAAGAUCAAAAGAGAACUAUGACACUCUGAUUGUGAUAGAAAACUUACAGCAGCAACUCCUCAAAACAGAAGAGCAUGCCCAAAAGGCAGAAGCACGUGCAUUCAACCUAGAUGAGCAGUUGCGAGAAGCUCUAGAAAAAAUUCAAGCUCUGGAAAGACAGCUUAAAGGACACACCCCACUAGAAGAGAACACUGAUGUCAUACCUAAAGUUAGAGAAAUUGUUACUGAACCCAAGAAAGAGAUUAAAGUUAACAAGCCUCAGUCUGCGAAAGGAACUCCUACAGGAAAACAAGCCAAACCUAAAUCUAGCCAAAAAACUAAGACCAGCAAAUCAUAACAAUGCAAUUCAAAAGAAGAACAAUCUGCAAACCACAGCAGUCAUUCAGCACUUUAGAAGAAACUUAAGAGUCUAGAUGUUUUUAAAAUGUUGAAAGAUUUGUUAGCAGUGUAUUUCUCAGGUAAUCUAAUAUAUUCCAUUGACUAUCACUGCAUUUGAAGGGAAUAAAUAAACAAAUAAAUAAAACAAAAAUAGUCCAUUACUACAUUGGCGGAAAUAUGACGUGGAUUGUAUGGUUUCAUGCUCUCUUUUGAAGUCCAUUGUCUCAGGUUGUCUGUACAUUCAUUCGUAUUCAUCAAUAAUUACAUCACAGUGAAUUUAAUGUCAUUCUUUUAAAUGAAGUAUCAUUUUGCACACCACAUCUCUUGCUUGGUUAUGUAUAGUUUGUUGUUAGAUAUCAGCAGUGUUUUUCUAUUGGUAGUGACAUUUCCAGUCUCUCUCAUAUACAUAAUUUGGGGUAAGAAAUGAAGGGUGAAUUAAACUGUGGAGUUCACAAGA